AUGCACAUUGCAGUGGAUUUGAGUGCUCCUUUUGCAGUGCAUGCUGGCAGUUGCGUGUGGCGGCUGUUGUCUUCUUCCGUGGCCAUGAGGAGAAGUGAGGAGGAGGGAGCGCGUAGCCCGAGUCUCCUUUCCUGUGGGUGUGAUGCACCGCGUGUGGCUGCGUUGAGUUGGGCUCCGUGUCCCACUGAGGGCGGGAUGGCUGGAAAUUUUGUUGCCGCGUCAUGGAUGGAUGAGGGUCCACUGGCGCGUGUGGCUGGUGUGGUGGGUGCCUGCUCCGUGAGCGUUGUGUGGUGGCCGCGGGGUUUUGGCCAUUUCCCUGGGGCUGUAGCGAUGAGCUGGGGGGAGAUGGUGGUGGAUGUGUUUUCCUCCUGCAUGGUGGGUGGCUGCUGGCGUUGUGUGCCUUCCUUGGGUGGAUGCCGUCUCGUGGUGUGUGAAGUGUGCGGCUGGGCCUGCUUCCCUCUCCUCAUGUUGUCUGCUCUCUCUCGCUGCAUCCGCUGCACUCCGUCCCUCUCCCUCCUGUUGCAUUCUUUUCCUUCUGACUCCAGCGACUCCACCACGGGUGACGAUGACUGCGAUGGUGACGAUGGUGACGGUGCGGCUCCGUGUGGUGCGCGCCGUGUUGGUCCUUGCGCUCUUGCUGCUGCUGGGAGUCCUGGAGAUGUAUCUGGUGCUGCGGAUGCGGUGGUUGUGCCGGUGGAUGUGUCGUGUGCUCCGACUGACGGCAGCCUGAGCUGUCGUGUGCGUGUGGGCGUGGAAGAAGUGUUCUGCAGCGAGUGCUGA